AUGUUUACGGUCAUCGGUUCGUCCGUGCGUCGCGGAAGUAUUGGAGAUCGGUAUCGUCCAAGCCGUCGUGGGGAGUUCGCACACAGCAGUGUUCUGUGCGCGGGGCCGGUUUUUCGCCGACAUACCCCCAGAAGAACGCUCCAAGUACGUCAUACCACCGCCGCCGGAGGACAACGAUGUGGCAGAAGAGCGUGUCUGGCGCAGCACGCAAUUGCCUCAGCAGGAAACCGUCGAGGGCCGGCAGAUACGUGGCCGCAGUCACAGCAUCGGUGACAUGCAGCUGCUGCAGGGAGCUUCAGAGGAGCUGCGCCGACAGGGUCCAUUGGAGGCAGACGACCCCGCCAACGUGGCCAGGGCCAGGGAGGAGCGCAAGAAGCGUUUUGGACCCAUUGGUGCGGACAGAGAUGAUCGCGGCUCAAAGCCGCGGCGUCAGCAGUCCCAGCAACAGCCAUUGCUGGAAUGUGCAUUCUGCCGCCGUCUUGGUGAAACCAGAUCAUUCGCGCGUACACACGUAUUGCGUGACCCUCUAACAAAUGCCGUGGUGUGCCCAAUCUUGCGCGAACAUCGGUGCGAGAUAUGCGGUGCCACAGGCGACAGUAGCCACACGCGAUCGUACUGCCCAAAGAAGCCAGAGGGCACGCAUAAUAUGGCGUUGCUCAAGAGCACACCUCGUAACAGCACGGGCAAGAGAAAGAAGUGAUUCGCCACGUGAUUUCACCUGCUGCUGAGUAACAUGCACUCUGCGCCAAUGUGAAUGGGAACACUUUAUUCGGUGUUUAACGGCUAUUCCUGCAAAUUUGUCUCGCUUACUGUAACUUGCCACAUAGUUCUCAUGUUACCAUUUUAUGAUAAGUUGGUGCUGCUCAUGCUAUUAUGCUAAUUAGUUUUAUGUCAAGAUGCAAAGAAAAUGACUGACUUUCAUCAUAGAUAAGGUGUUCCCCUUCAUUUGGCGCAUGGUGCACAAUGUGUGGCAGCCCACAGAGGCUUUUUAAAGUAAGGACAGUACCGAUAUAGAGAUGUCAAAUUGUCUUUCAGCUUUAGUGUUCAGCCUGCUUUUGUCAGGAGCAAAACUAUUCGUUAUCAACAACUUUGCAGCCUUUAGAGCAUAAUUUUGCCACACAACAACCAUCCCCAAUCUCUGUGCAUUUCCUUUAAAACUGCUUUUCUUUGGCUCAUCUUAUAUAAGAUCGCAUUUGGAUGCACCAGUCAAUUAGCUGUAACACAUUGCCCGCUGAUUUUGUGCCAGGAGUGGUAAGGAGCGGCAUGCAGUGCCCAUGAAUGGGGUCAUAAAAAAGAAAGCUAACUCGAGCUUAAGUACCAGCGUGAAUGAAUGCAGGAUAGAAUGUACAGAAGCGUAUUUUUCAUACUUGUCAGCUUGGUUUGUGGCAUGACCCUUGAAGGGUUCUUAAGCUGGUGCAGGGUUUUGAAUAGACAGCAGUGUUGAUUAUCAUGGACUACGUACCUUUGUUCACUGUUACACGCUGCUAUAAUUCACUCAUUAGCUUCGGGAUAUCAACAUUCUAGCCUUAAGCACUACUCCAGAGAAAAUAAUGGACACAUAUUCAAGUAGUGUAACCUGAAACCUAUGCUUGACUUGACCUUGGCGACGCCUGUCGUGAAAGUGCCGAAAGAAAUGGAAUUAGCGUCCUGGGCAAGUUCAGGCCAGGCGUCGUUUAGGUCAAGUCAAGCGCGAGCUUCAAAUAGACCAAUUUCUGAAUACAGGGGUAAGACCCCAUUGCGUAUCUCAGACAUUACUGCGGUGACAAAAGUAUUGCUUUUCUUUCUGUUUGCAGGGUCUGGUAUUCCACGCGGCCAAAACAUUCUCUAAGAAAAUAAACAGACGGCUCAAGUGCCUGUGCAAACCCAAAAAUUUGAUGCCUCUGUUGCUGUUAUCUAGAGUGCUUGAUUGUGAAAAUCAACUCUGGAAUGGGUGCAUUGCAGAAAUGAAGUUGACUUGUGAAACUCGAGACAUGUUGCCACCUUUUGGAAGAGCUUUUCUAAAAUAAGAAAAAUCUAUGUAAGGAAGAGGUGCAAAGUGAGUUAUAACUCUUCACCUUUAAAAAGAAAACAUCAAAUGAAGCAAUGAAAAUAUUGCUUUCAUUAAUUCUGGGUCACCAGAAUUUAAUGUCUAACGAAGGAGUAUACUUUGUUUCAGAAAAAAAUACAGUGAAGUUAUUAUUGUUUAUAUAUAAAGAAAUUGCGCAGAAUUAAGUUUUAAAAGAAAAGAAAUAUUUUCAGAUGCCGUACAGAGAUGCUCGCUCGCAAAUAAAAUGUCUGACAUCUCAACAAAACAGUCGGAAAUGCAAUUUUAUUUUCUUAAUGACUUGAGUGUCUGGAGUUCCAAAACUAUAAAAGCUACGUCUAAUAAAAGACACAAGUAUCUCCAAAGGUGGUGGCAUACAUUGUGCGAAUUUGCUGUAGUGCUUUGUUAGGUUGUGAAAUGCACUGCAGAACACAUGUUUCACAUCACAGCAGCUGGAUAUUAGCAACAGCCAAGGCCCCUCUAGCAUAGUCUAUAGUGCAACAUCUAUGGGGCAAAAUUCACAUUGAAUUCAUCACUAGAGUUCAUUCUUGCAAGCCCACAUGUGCUAGGCUGUGGUGCAAAUGAAUCAAGGCUGUCAGUGUUUGAACAAGAGUGUUGGUAUUCUAGGCAUAAUACACUUUCUUAAGACCAGCCUGAUGUUUACUGCAAGGAGCUUGGUCAUCAUUGUGCCUUAACAACGAGGUUAUUGCCAACAGUGGCUUGAAUGCAAAGCCAUGAUUCAGCACUCCGUGUAAGAGGUUCUGCACAGGCAAUUUGAAACAGUUUAAACUUUACAGCAAAACGGAGCUCAGUAAUUUGAAAAAUACUCAAGAGUGCAGUAAGCUUAACAAACUACAAGAGCUAAACGGCUUUUUUCGGAUGCCCGGUCAGAACAUCAGUUUUGCAAGUGAAACUUGGUGAAAUUCUUCAGGGUUGUGCUUAAAUGUUCAUUUUUACAUCCACUUUUAUCACUACCACAACAUUUCCAUCACCAUUGAGUGUAAUUUAACUGAACAUUUAUUGCAUAUUCUUGGGAACGUUUCACUGGUCCAUUUGCAUGUUUAAAAUGCUCUCGUACCUUUUCGCAUCAUCCAUGUUAGUGAAUUAAGAGUGCUAGUCAUAUUUUGUUAUUUCAAUAUUGUGAUCACUCUCUUGAGUGCCUUUUAUUUGCAACUAUUUUGUGCAUCUUCACAGUGUUAUCUGAAUUACUCAGCCUUUUUUUUUUAUAUAUGUCUGUACAUGUGUGAAUCUCUGUUCACAGGGUGCAAACUAGUUUUGCAAGUAAAGCGAAAUUUGUUGGGAAGCAAGACAGUGUGGUUCAGCCCAUGGGACUGCGCCAUUUCGCAUUGGCUUUGGGAGAGUUGCAAUAUGUUUAUGCGACACAAAUGAACAAGAUUGUGUUUUAUCGUAGCCUGAAGAAAACAUUUGCUGUGCUUGCAUUUCGCUUUUCCAGUAAAUUAUUAAUAAUAUGCAGCAAUGUGGCAUGCCCGUUUCAAUAAAAUGCUUAGGCUGCUGUCGAACCUUUUGCAUCUCGCAUGUCAAGUUAAGAAAAUAAGUGCCAGCUAUUAAUUUUUUUAAAUUCAUUGCAGAGUUAUAGUUGUUACACGUAAGCUUUAGCAUUACCAUUUUAGCGGAAUGCUGUGGCCGAAAUGAGAACAGAAGUGCUGGAUGCAAUGUGUAGCUGCGCUGUAUUCAAACCAGAAAAACUGAUCUCAAUGUCAUUUGCAUCGCAUCAUUUUUGAUCAAUUUUG